AUGGCGCAAGGGCCCCAAUCGCAGCCUAUCAUAAGAUGGCUGUUUGCCCUUGCCAUUGUUUCGCUUCUUGUGGCACCGACGGCGGCGUCCAUCGGGGACCGGUUACCUGACUUCCGUGAAUGUGUCCAGGUCUGCAAAGAGCAGAAUUGUGACGAUAAAUCCGCCACCAUCCCCUUACAUCACCGCCUCCUUCUCUGGACCUGCCCCACGGAAUGUGAUUAUGUCUGUCAGCACAUUAUCACGCAGAAGCGCCUAGCACGCGAUCCUCCCAUGUUGGAACCUAUUGUGCAAUAUCAUGGCAAGUGGCCGUUCCACCGAUUUCUUGGCAUGCAGGAGCCCUUUUCGGUGCUCUUCUCUUUCUUCAACUUCCUGGCGCAUCGGAACGGCAUGGAGCGUCUCAGAGAAAAUGUGCCAGUCAACUAUCCAUUAAGGAUAUACUAUAUGCUAUUUGGGUACUUUGGCUUGGCCAGCUGGAUCUUCAGCAUGAUUUUCCAUACCAGGGAUUUUGACUUCACUGAGAAGCUCGACUAUUUCGCUGCUGGCGCGUCGGUACUCUAUGGUCUGUACUUUACACCCAUUCGUGUCUUUAGACUGGAUCAAAGGACGCCACAGAAGCAAUCAAUAUUACGCGUAUGGACCAUCACCUGCUGCCUGCUGUAUGCGGCUCACGUCACAUACCUGACGGCGUGGAGCUGGGACUAUACGUACAACAUGGCAGCGAAUGUGGUUGCUGGAAUUAUUCAAAACCUUUUAUGGAGCUGGUUCUCGAUCAUGCGUUAUCAAAAGCUGCAAAAGACUUGGGCAGCAUGGCCCGGCUUGAUUGUUGCAUGGAUCAUCAUGGCUAUGAGUUUGGAACUGUUCGACUUCCCUCCGUGGGGUGGUAUGCUCGAUGCACAUAGCUUGUGGCACUUGGGUACAGUGGUACCGACGAUCUGGUGGUAUAGCUUCCUAAUAAAGGAUGCGCAAGAAGACAUGGCCGGUGAGAGGCUGAAGCAGUAA